UGAAAAAGUCUCAAUAGGAUUGUUGAUGAAGCCUCACAGUAGCCUAAAUGAUUUUGGAGGAGCUGACACAAAGCCAUUGACUCUGCGUAUAAAGCCAGUUUCGUUUUCGGGGCCACCUCAGUUUCGCCGACUUAUUGGAAAGUGUUUUAAUUUAACAGCCGACAGGUCCCCGGUCUCCCCUAUAGAAGAAAAGAAGAGAUAUCUUUUUCUAGCGCAGAGUAACCAGGGCCAAAUGAUUUUGGAGGAGCUGACACAAAACCAAAAGCCAUUGACUCUGCGUAUAAAGCCAGUUUCGUUUUCGGGGCCACCUCAGUUUCGCCGACUUAUUGGAAAGUGUUUUAAUUUAACAGCCGACAGUUAUAGGUAUGACUUUUGCCCCUUUCACAACAUUGCCCAGCAUGAGCAAAGCCUGCGAUGGAGCCCAUACAGUGGAGUUCUUGGUGUGUGGCAACAGUGGCAAAUAACCAACAACACCUUUGAAGCGAUGGUCAUGGAGGAGGGAGAUGUGUGUGGGAACACCAGCAG